AAAAAGAAAAGAAUUGAGGAAGUACAAGAUGUUAAAGGGAUGGAUUUCUCAUGAAAAUGAAUUAAAUGAUUAAUUUUGGGUUGACAAUUAAUUUUUUUUUUUUUUAUUUUUUUAUUUUUAGUGUAGAGAAAGUCAUGCAUGCAAUGAUGUUGUAUCCGAUCCUAUCUUAGGAUUUAGACCUCUAGCUCUACCCCAAAACUAAUACGUAUAACCUAGCUAAGCUAGUUGGCAUCCACAAAGAACAUUAUUUUGUAUUAAGUCAUGAAAAUUAUCUCGGUAUUUUUUAAAUUUUAUUGUCAUGACUUUGUUUUUACAUUAGUGAGGGGCAUUUAUGUCAAAUCACAGUAGCACGUAUGCAUUUAAAAAAAUUUGAUGUGAUGAAACUGGGGCAGUCAUUUGGGAAGCAAACAAGGGAUGAUCAUAUUGAUAUGAGAGCACAUCCCCCUCCCUCUCCCUCCCUCCCUCUUCUUUAAAAAUAAGCUUCAGAGAACAGCUUGCAGAGUGUGUGAUAGGGAGUUCCGAAAGCGUAAGAGAAAGAAAGAAAAAAAAAAAAACUAGAGUCUGAGAGAGUCAAUGGUUUCCAGGGAGCACAAAAGAGCUGCAGCACUGCAUGAGAAGCUGCAACUACUUCGCUCCAUCACUAACUCUCAUGCAGAAAGUGAUACUGCUAUCGUUGUUGAUGCAUCAAAAUAUAUAGAAGACCUCAAACAGAAGGUGGACCGGCUAAAUCAAGAUAUCGUAAAUAAUGCUCAAAGUUCAACUAUCCAAGAUUCACAACCCACGGUCACAGUUGAAACCCUAGAGAAAGGAUUCCUUAUAAAUGUGUACUCAGAAAAGAAUUGCUCAGGAUUGCUGGUUUCUGUGCUCCAAGCUUUUGAAGAACUGAAUCUUACUGUAGUUGAAGCUAGGGCUUCCUGUACAGAAAAUUUUCAAUUGGAAGCAGUCAGUGUGGAAGGUGACGCGAAUGGAGGAAAAAUUGUUGAUGCUCAGGUGGUAAGGCGGGCGGUAUUGAAGGCUAUUAGGCAUUGGAAUACAAGUACUGAUGAUCAGCAAGAUGAGUAAAUCAUCAUCAGUUAGCUUAUUGAUCAAUUGCAAGCUUAUGUUUUUAUUUUUUACCCUCCCUUUUUAUGCCACCAUGCACCGAGUUUGUAGGUUAAAUAUUUUGUACGGAAGCUAUUAAUCUAUUAUGCUCACAAUCAAAAAUCGAAGAUUUCACGUGAGCUUUUCCAA